CAAUCUUUGAUGAAAAUGACAAAGAACUUGUCUGCCAAUGGACUCUCACUUAAAUCUCAGGAACUGACAGCUCUAUUUUUGGCUGUUAGGCUGUACUGCAGCUUUGUCAUGGAAUAUGACGUACACACCUUGCUUGAUAUGUGCACAUUGGCUACAACUCUAUGGGUUAUUUAUAUGAUUCGUUUUAAUCUAAAGUCAAGCUACAUGGAGGACAAGGACAACUUUCCGAUAUAUUAUGUGGUGUUGCCCUGUGCUGUGUUGGCUCUGCUAAUUCAUCCAUCAACGUCGCAUCAUAUUAUCAACAGGAUUUUCUGGGCAUUCUGUGUUUAUUUGGAAGCUGUGUCCGUAUUACCCCAGCUGCGUGUCAUGCAAAAUACAAAGAUUGUUGAACCAUUCACAGCUCAUUAUGUGUUUGCCUUGGGAGUUGCAAGGUUCUUGAGCUGUGCUCACUGGGUUCUUCAGGUUUUGGACAGUCGUGGACAUCUGCUGACAGCUCUGGGUUACGGAUUAUGGCCUUCGAUGGUUCUCAUCUCCGAAAUUGUUCAAACUUUCAUUCUAGCAGACUUCUGUUACUACUACGUAAAAAGCGUUUUUGGAGGUCAGCUUGUGCUACGUCUUCCUUCUGGAGUUGUGUAACUGAGAAUUUCAAUCAUGCUGGCAUCAAGCGAUAAACACAUACUACCUGGUGCUGGUCAUUUUCUUACUUUUGUUAUGCACACAGUUCAUAUUUCAGGGUAGUAGAUCCUUGACUGGAAAUGAAGUGGACUGUCUGUAAAUUUGGCGGUUGUGAGCAAUUUCAGUGGGUGCUUUAGAUUUAUUGGGAGAAAAAACUAGGUUGACUAGGGAUCACAUUAACUUCUUUGUGUCAGAAUUAAUCCUGGGAUUUAUACGAUGAGGUUAAGUUAUUUCUGGCUUUGACA